AUGUUGGUUGAGCUGAAGUUUGAGAGGGAAGCCUUGGCUAGGGCCAUGCGCCGCAACGAGGCCUUGGAAAACUUUGAAAAUGCAGACCCAGCAGCGACCGACCAGCUUGUUAAGUGGAAGGAACAACUGGAGAAAGACGAAAACUGGCUCUCUCGCCGGAUCGGUACUCUGACCAUUCAUUCUUGA